GAAUAACAUCCGCACAACACUAGGUGCUCCUUUGACAUCCCGAAGACGGUGGUGGUUUGUGGUUGCGUUGGCUUGGUCUUAGGAGGGUACUGGGGUCCUUCCUCCUCCUCCGUUCAUCUUCUUCUUCUUCGUCCUCUGGGUCGGGUCGCUCGCAGGAUGGCGGAAUCUGAGAACCCGACCGACCUGAACAAGCUCUUGGAGCAAUUUCGCCGGAGAGCCUCCGAAGCCGAGGAUCGCUUGUCCAGACUCGAAGCUGCCGUUGCGAAAGAGAAGGAUUCUUAUGAGGAGGAACACUCAAAAAAGAUUAGCAAACUGGAAUCAGAGCUCAAACGUGCAAAGACCGAGUUAGCUGCGGAACAUAAAAAGACAGGGGAGCUUGCUGAGGAGAACGCAAAACUCAAAUAUCGCGUGACUCAUCUCGUUCAAGCAGUGAAGGAAGCUGAUCUAAAGCUAGAGAGCAAGGGAACCUGAGUAAAUAUCUGUGCGAUACUCCUUAUCAGAAAAUGAAUAGGUGACACUUGACACCUUUGAAUUCCUUCCAAACUCUGGAAUGUUUUGUAAGAGCAUGACACUGGUGGCUGGAAUGUUAUGAUGGAUCACGCUAACCUUAUUUCUCUUAAUUAGUUUACUUUUAUGAGUAAGGUUGAUUAACUUGUGAUUACAA